GUCUUGCUUACAAAUGACUGCUGCUCAGUUUUUUUCUGUUGGAUAUUGCUUCCCUUUCAGGAUCUCGAAGAAGAAAAAGGGAUUUGUGAGAGGCAGAAGAGCUGCAGCUCAGCAAAGGACUUGCUGAUGCUGUACAAUCUCACUUCUGUGAGGUGAGGUGUAAUUCUCAGCAUUGGUCCUUGUUCUUUUUCAUCUUCAGUUGUUCCUCUCACCAGCACGGCUCUCGAAUGCCUGGUCGAGCAUUUCUCUCCGUGUUUCCCUCCUCCAGUGGCUGUCAUCAUUGUGACUUGCUGCUUCGAAAACCACCCUCUGUCAGUCAUCGCUCAUUCUGGCUCCUAGCUGUGGAUCAGUCAGGGACAUGCUGGAGAGGAUGGAGAGAUGAGUGAAACUGUGUUGGUUAUUUUGAUACUGGUGGCAGUGGAAGUAAACCCAGGGCUUCUGGAUAUAUUUAUGCCAAAGGAAGAGGGUGAUUUCUACAAGUGGAGAACAGUUUGGAUAGGAAGAGGGUUGGAUGGAUUCUCAACACAAUACCUCAGUUGACAAUGAACCUGUAGUGAAAGUGUUUGCUGUCAAGGAGGACCAGUUUAGGUUUUCUUAUUGCUGCCUGAAGAAGAGCCUCCAGGAGCUGCUCCAUUGAUUGUUGCUAACCAGCACGAUGGCUGACUCUUACACUUCCAGCUUUGUGGGAAGCUACAACAGCAACUCUUCAACCACCAGCGCUUGGAACAUCACCGGCAGCGGCCCUUGGCUGUUGGCCUUCAUGCUCACAAUCAUCAUCCUCAUGACGAUUUGUGGGAACAUGUUGUUGAUCGCUUUGGUGUUUGCCCAUCGCUCUUUGCGUUGCACCUCAAACUGUUUCCUUGUUUCUCUGUUCCUGUCUGACCUCAUGGUGGCCCUGGUGGUGAUGCCUCCAGCCAUGCUCAAUGUGCUCUGCGGGGCCUGGGUUCUGUGGCCAGCCUUUUGCCCAAUUUGGCUUUGCUUUGACGUCAUGUGCUGCAGCGCCUCCAUCCUCAACCUGUGUGUGAUCAGCCUGGACCGCUACCUCUUUAUCAUCUCGCCGCUGCGCUACAAGCAGAGGAUGACCCCGCCUCGGGCAUUGCUUCUGGUAGGAGCUGCCUGGGGUUUGGCAGCUUUGGCCUCCUUCCUGCCUAUUGAGAUGAAAUGGCACAGCUUAGGUCACUGGAGUGGACAAUCGUCUGUUCCUGGUUUAGGCAGUAGCAACACCAGCGCUUACUUCGACACACUGUACCCUGCAUCCUACUUUCAGCUGUCACCGUCAGGAGGCCUUUCUUUCCAGUGUCGCCUGAGGGUCACCCUUCCCUUUGCCCUGGUGGCAUCUGUACUCACUUUCUUUUUGCCCUCCAGCGCAAUUUGCUUCACCUACUGCCGGAUUCUUCUAGCAGCAAGAAGGCAAGCGAAGAGGGUGGCAGCACUUAGCCACCCACCACACCCACAUCCGUCACUCGGGGAACCCUCCAGGCCUCCUUCACCUGGGAUGGCAGCAGGCAUAGCUCAGCCGGACGGAGACGACUGCAGUCACCAGGAGCCUCCUGUGUCUCAAAAUGUACCGCCGUCAGUGACCAGUGAGCGUCGUCUGGCUCACAGGCAGGGUCGGAGGGCGCUAAAGGCCAGUCUGACACUUGGAGUCCUCCUGGGACUUUUCUUCAGUGCGUGGCUACCUUUCUUCAUCACCAACAUGGCUCAGGCAGUGUGCGAGUGCGUCCCUCUUGCACUCUUUGACGCCAUCACCUGGCUGGGAUACUGCAACAGCACGAUGAACCCCAUCAUCUACCCGCUCUUCAUGAGAGACUUCAAGCGAGCUCUGGGGAAGGUCCUGCCCUGCUGUUUCUCGAGGUCAAUCAGAAGACCCUCACCGGCGCUCUCCCUUUCCCUCAGAAACUCAGGAGAGCCAAACAACGCCAGCAGCCCCCCCUCUCCGCUGGCCUCUGACCCCACACACCCUCCCGCCACCGCAACGGACGCUGUCAACCUGCUGGAUGCUGAACACGCUGGCAUCGAGCUGCCUCUGCUGCUGCCCAAUCAGGUCGAGAGUCUUGAUUAA